AAAUGGGGUAGCCGAAAGGAAAAAUAGAAGCCUUGUGGAGAUGGCAAAAAGCAUGCUGAAAGCAAAAGGUCUUCCAAACAGUUUCUGGGCAGAAGCAAUUCACACCGCAGCUUAUAUUCAAAAUCGCAGUCCUACAGCAGCUUUGCAUCAUCAAACUCCUUUUGAAGCUUGGCAUGGCUGGAAGCCCAAGGUAACUCACUUUAAAGUUUUUGGGUGUCUAGCUUAUGUUCAUGUUCCAUCUCAAAAAAGGACAAAAUUUGAGGAAAACAGUGUGAAGUGCAUUUUUCUUGGUUAUAGUGAUGAAACUAAAGGUUACAGAUUUUAUAAUCCUAUUACCAAGAAGUUACUAAUCAAUCGUGAUGUGAUUUUUUAUGAGAAAAAUUCAUGGAAUUGGAAUGAGAAGAAAAGUCCAGGUUCUAUGUUGGUUGAUGGCAUUUUGGAGGCUAAUCCAGUGAUGACAGAAGGUGAAAUGAGUGAAGGUCAAAGUUCCUCUACACCUAACAGUGGCAGCAGAUCAUGUCCAUCCUCACCUGAGACACCUCCAGCGCUAAGGAAAGCAAGGAGAGUAAGAUCCUUGGUGGACAUCUAUGAACAAACUCAAAGGUGUCAAAUGGCACAUGUGGAGGAGCCUAACUGUUUUGAGGAAGCAACGCAUAAUAGAAAAUGGUGCAAAGCUAUGGAUGAGGAAAUGGAGGCCUUGGAAAGAAAUCAAACAUGGGAGCUUGUGGACUUGCCUAAAGACAACAAAGUUGUAAGUCUGAAGUGGGUGUACAAGACCAAGUACAAUUCUGAUGGGUCAGUUCAUAAACACAAGGCUCGAUUGGUUGCUAGAGGUUACAUGCAGCAAGAAGGUGUGGAUUUUGAUGAAACUUUUGCACCAGUUGCCAGGUUUGAUACUAUUCGAACUGUUUUAGCUUUAGCUGCUCAACAUAAGUGGUCUGUUUUUCAGUUUGAUGUGAAGUCAGCUUUCUUGAAUGGAUUCUUGGAAGAAAAUGUGUAUGUACAACAGCCUCAGGGUUAUGAAAUUGAAGGACAGGAGCAGAAAGUGUACAAGUUGAAGAAAGCACUUUAUGGUCUGAAGCAAGCACCAAGAGCUUGGUAUGAAAGAAUUAAUGCUCAUUUUUGCAGCCAUGGAUUUCAUAAAAGUCCAAGUGAGCCUACUUUGUAUGUUCAGACCAGAGGUGGAGAUGAGGUACUGUUAGUGUGUCUUUAUGUUGAUGAUUUAAUAUACACUAGCAAUAGCUCUUUUUUGUUGAAAGAAUUUAGAAGAAUGAUGGUUAAUGAGUUUGACAUGACUGAUCUGGGUUUAAUGAGAUAUUUUUUGGGGUUGGAAGUGGUUCAAAAUGGUGAGGGAAUUUUUAUUUCCCAAGAGAAAUAUGCUAAAGAUCUCCUUAAGAAGUGCAGAAUGGAAGAUUGCAACUCAGUGGGAACUCCAAUGGUUUCUAAUCAAAAGUUCAGUUUGGAUGAUGGAGAAGAAAAGGUUGAUGCUCAUGCCUAUCGCAGCCUUAUUGGGAAAUCCAAGUAAGACACAUUAUGGAGCAGCGAGGAGGAUUCUAAGAUACUUGAAGGGGACAAUCUCUUUUGGCAUUUUAUAUGCCAAAAAUGAACAAUUUAAUUUAUU